GGCACGAGGAUAGCAACCUUUUCCCUCCUCCUUUUUAUUCUCCCUCUGAGGACCUGUAGCUCCUGGAGCAGAGCAAAGCUGGGUUUUGGGUACCACACAGGGAAGUUCUACCUCCUGUCCACCUGGCUGGCCAGAGAUCCUGCAACAAUGGCUGCUUCACACCCCUCCAGGCUGUGAGGGCAGUGGUGCAGAACUGCAGCACCCCAUCCCCACCCAGGUGCGAUGCCGGUCCACUACGUGAUGUAUGAAGGCAUUAAAUUCCCUCCUGCCUACAACUCUGAGCACAGCUUGAGUUUCACUCACAAUGAGUUCCUGGUGCGGGAUGAUGACAUCUUCAACGUCACCUACCCCAAGUCUGGCACCGUAUGGAUGACUGAGAUCCUGAGCCUCAUUCGUAGCCGUGGCUGCCCCAGCUGGAGCCAAGCUGUCCUCAAUUCUGACCGCAUGCCCUGGUUCUCAACCCGUCUGGGUCUGGAGUCAGCCCUCAGCUACCCCUCGCCUCGCCUGCUGACCUGCCACCUCCCCAGGCACAUCUUCCCCAAGUCCUUCUUCCGUUCCAGUGCCAAGGUUAUUUACACCCUACGGGAUCCUCGAGAUGUUGUUGUCUCCUACUACUACUUUUCCAAGAUGUGCAACAGCUAUGAGGAUCCUACAUCCUUUGAGCAGUUCCUGAGGGACUUUCUGAAUGGAGAGUUGCCCCAUGGCUCCUGGUUCGAACACGUCCGAGGCUGGAUGGAGAUGAAGGACAUGGAGAAUUUCUUCUUCAUCACCUAUGAAGAGCUGAAGCAGGACCUGCGUGGCAGUGUGAGACAUCUCUGCCGGUUUCUGGGGCAGGAUUUGGGUGAUGAGGCCAUCUCAUCAGUGGUGCAAAAUGCAUCCUUCACGGCCAUGCGGCAGAACCCAAUGUGCAACUCCGUCCUGCUCCCUGCAGACAUCAUGGACCAGACGAAGGGCCAGUUCCUGAGGAAGGAGCAGAAGGGGGGCUGCGUGCUGAGGUGGGCUCAGAGCCCAAAACGCUUCUUCCUCAGGCAUCUGCGGGGACUGGGAGAACCAUUUCACAGUGGCACAGAGUGAGACCUUCGACAAGAUCUACCAGGAGAGGAUGCGGGGCCUGAACAUGACUUUUCCCUGGGACAGGCAUUAGGAUUUGUCCCUAUCUGAAGCCACCUGCGCACUGGGUAUAAACCAGCCACCGGCAACUGGGGUAACUUGCUGCUGUUGGACAGAGGGGGUUGUAUCCAGGGCUGAAAUGGUACCGAAACUCAGCGUGCAAGCAAUUAAUUUCAAAGAAUCAUAGAAUCAUUUAGGUUGGAAGAGAUCAUCAAGUCCAACUGUAAACCUAACACUGCAAGUCCACCACUAAACCAUGUCCCUAAG